AUGGGUAAUAAGAAUUCAAGAACACAAUUACCUCCAAAUACAAAAUUUAUUCAAAAUCCUGGAUAUAUUAAUGCACCAGGAAUGUAUUAUUUUAAACCUGGAAUGAUACCAAUUCCAAGAUCAGUAAAUUCACCAUUAUCACCAGUUAAAGUUUCAGCAUUACAUCAAUCAAUGCAUUGUUUAAAUAAUCCAGAACCAAUUUCUUAUAAAAUGGAUAAUAAUAAAAUGUCUUCAAGAUUAUCAUUAAAUGAACUUGGAAAUAAUUCAAAACAAAUUAUUGGUGGAAUUAAUCAAAAUCCUCUUCCUUUUCCAGGUAAUGGAAAAAUACCACCUGGAUAUGUUGUUGUACAAGGACCACCAAUGGAUGUUAAAUCAUAUAAAAAAUGGCAAAAAGCUCAUAAAAAAAUGAUGAAAAAAAUGUCUACAUCUGGUGAUACUAUUAUACCAUAUCCUCCAGGACCUAUUAUGCCUGUAUUAAUGCCAGGUAUGGUACCAUUUGAUGAUUUAAGAAGAAAACAUCAAGGGCGUGCAACAUCACUUGACAAUUUAACACAUAGUAAUAUAGAAAUACCUGAACAUUUACCAAGAUCUGGACGUUUAAAUGAUAAGAAAAAGAUGGCAAAUAAAAAGAUGUAUCGUAAAAGUUUUCAUUAUGAAGAAAAAAGUCAUAAUGCUACAUCAUUAAUAGAUUAUCAUGGCGGUACUUCAAGAGUUAGUAGUUCACAAUCUAACCUACAUACUGGAACAAUAUCCGAUUACCAUAAUAGAAAUGAUUAUGAUGGUGAAGAUACAUCAAGUGGUAUUGUUUGCACCUCUGAAUCGUCUGGAAAUAAUUCAACAUCAAAUCAAAAUGAAAAUAUUAAUGGAACAAAAAUGAGACGUGAAAUUAAAAGUUGUAGAAGUAGUAAUAGUGAACAUAAUAGAACUGGAGAAAAUACUAGUCUUAAUACAUCAUUUGAACAUCCACCACUACCAUUAAAUAUUAUUAAAAAAUCUAUUAAUAAUAAUAAUGAUAAUGAAGUCAGAGAAAUUCCAAUACAACGAUUAUCUAAUAAUAUGUAUUCUGAAAUACCAAAAGAUGGUUUUAAUACGCAAAGUUCUGUUUCAAGUAUUAAUUUUAAUUUAUCAAAUAUAAAUCAUAAAGAUAAUCGUACAUCAACACCAUAUAAAAGUAAAACAUUCUCUGCACCAACACCACCUCAAAAAAUGAUGAUUGAUGAAAGAAAUAGUUAUCAUGAUACAACAAGUGAUUCAUUAUUUGAUGGCUCAAUAUCAAGACCAUCAAUCUCUUCAUCAAAAGAAAGAAAUAGUAAUAAUUCAAGAGGAACAAUAUCUACUAGAAGUAUAAAUCCAUCACUUCAAACAAUUAAUUCAACAACAAAUUAUUCUCAUACAAGAAGUGAAACUUCUGAUAUUGAUUUUUCAUGGGUUAAAGAUAUUGAAAAUAGAUUGGAUAAAGAGAUAUUUUGUGCAAAUAAAAAUUUUAUGAAUAAACCUUUACCAGAAUUUAUUAGAAAAGAUAAUAAUAAUAUUGAAAUUGAAAAUAUUAAACAUUUACCAAAAAAUGAAAAAAAUAUUAAGGUAAAAUAUUUUGGUAUAGAUGAUAAUUUUAAUAAAGAUAGUAAUUGUACCAAAAAUGAUACGGAUUAUUUAGUUGAUGUUUCGCAAAAAUCUCCAAAUGAAGAGGAAUUGUUAUCAAUACACUCAAAUGUUAAAUCAAAAGCGGCCAUGUUUGAUUUAGAAGCAACUAGAAAUAAUUUUCUUGCAAAAAAAGAAAAAGAUAGUACAGAAUAUUUAUUAAAAAAUAAGAAUAAACUUCCACCAAGUUAUGAAGAACAUAAAGCAAAACAACAUCAUCAUCUAAAUUUACCAUAUAUUCCAAAACCAGAUUAUCUUUCACCAUCAAAUAGAAAUGAUGAUCAAAUUGAAAGUUAUUACUCAAAAAUAAAACCACCUCAAAUAAAAGAUAUUAAAAAGAUAAAUAGCCAACCACAAAAAUAUAUAAGACAUCAACAAAAUCCUAAUCGUCUAUCAACAGUAAAUACUAGAAAUAAUAUACCAUCAUCUAAUAUGGAAAGAAUUUCAAAAAUUGAAGAUAAUAUUACUCAACAUCCAUGGAGAUCUUCAUUAGCAUUUUCAACAUAA